AUGGCUGCACAUGGAUUCUCAUAUGAGAAUGAGAAAGUAAAGGAAAUAAGGUAUCAGAUAUUUAAAGAUAAUGUGGAGUACAUUGAGAGGCAUAAUCAAGAAGAUAAACACAUGUGCAAGCUUGGGAUAAAUGAAUUUGUAGAUCUAACGAAUGAAGAAUUCUUGGCUAAGUACGCAAGAAGUUCCACGCCAUCAUUCAAGGUACCAUCAUCGAAUCAAUCAUCUUUCGAAUACAAAUAUAUGAAAAAUGUACCAGCUAGUAUUGACUGGAGAGACCACAAUGCCGUCACACUAGUUGAAGCUCAAAGAGGAUGUGGGAGUUGUUGGGCAUUCGCAGUUGUUGCUGCCAUUGAAGGCGUAGAAGCCAUCCGAUCAGGUAAGCUAACUCAAUUAUCAGAGCAACAUGUCAUUGACUGCAAUGAAUAUCACGAAGGCUGCAAAGGCGGAAGAAUGGAUCAUGGUUAUGAAUUUGUUAGGAAAAAUGGAGGUCUUGCAUCUGAUAUCGAUUAUCCUUAUGUUGCAACUCAAGGAGCAUGUGCCAAUAACAUACCAUCCUCUCUUACCUCAAAGAUCACUGGUUUUAGUUGUAUUCCUAAUAAUAAUGAGACAGCACUGUUAGCGGCAGUAGCUAACCAACCGGUCACGGAUUUCGUGUCGGGUACGGGUACUCGCAAUGUCGGGUACGGGAUACCCGACACGGAUAUCGGGUAA